UCUAAAACCAUCAUGAAAACCAGCUUGAGUAAAAUAGAUUUCACUAGACACCCAUAUCAGCCCAAGAGGAAGAAAAGAGCAUGCCUCUCUUCUAGAGGAUCGGUCUCCAUAAAUCAAGCAAGGCGGUAUACCACAAGGGAUAAUUACCACAACUCUCCUAAGACUACUAUCAGAGGUAAGGCAUACAAGAGUUUCCAUCUGAAAUAAUGGGAAAAUGCUGAAGAAAUCCAGUAAAGCUCUGCACAGAAUUUUAACUAAAGCCCAGAAGUUUAAAGGAAAGAAAAAUACUCAUAAAAGAAAGCUUAAGUUAGUCAACAUGGAGAAGGUGUUCAAGAAAUGCUUCCGCCAGAUGAGCACGAAAGUAACCGAUCAUCAUGGCAAGAGAGAAUCUCGGAAUACUCUAAGCGAGUACUCUGUGGUGAAUACAAAUGCUUGUACCUCGAAGAAGAACACUAUUCAUACUCAUGAAAGAAACUCACCUAGGGUGGGUAAGUCUAUAAACAUGGAUGUACCUAUCAGGAACUACUCCCAGAUGAUGGAUAAGAGAAGCUACUCAGGCACGCCUGUUAAUUUACGAGUUAAGAAGAGGUCCCAAUUCGUGCUAAAUACUAAAUAUCCCAGAGUGAAGAAGUCAGGCAGGACACCUAAUUUGGAAUACUCUUGGCUAAAUUAUGAAAAAGAUCUUGAUGAAGAGUUUAAUAAGCAGAAGGAUAAGAGUAGAAAUGACCUUAAUGAGCCCUUCCACAACAACACUUUUGGUCAAGAAGAUCAUCUUAGGUCCUUAGAGACCUCUGGGAUAGAGGAUUACAGAGCAAUUAGUCAAAUCCAGAGUCCUUAUCAUGCACAAAUUAAUAAAAUUAAUGAGGAACUUGAGAAUGAUUAUAACCACCCGUCCUCCCGACCCUCCAUCCAGCACAACCCAGCUAUAAAAUCCAUGCCUCAGUCACCACUCUUCUCUAGUAAUCUGGAGAAUAUUUCUAGUAGUAUUUAUGAAUUGUGAAGGAAGGAUUGAAGGAAUAGAGAUGAGAAUAUUUAUGUUGCUUCUUAUUUGAUUAAUUGAAUUGGGUAUUUUUCGCAGAAGUUGGAAAGGAUUGUUAUGCCAAGCCUUGCUGCUAAACUUAAAGGCAGGUUUUAUAAUUCAGGGGAGACUAUUAUAAAAACAGGUGAAAUUGGGGACAGGAUGUUUAUCAUGUACAAAGGCACUGCAGAUGUCCUUAUCAGAAUCCCGACUGAAUCUAACGAAUAUGAAGCAAAGGAUAAUUUCAAAUAAAGUAGCUACUAUCAAAUGAGGGCAAGUUUUUGGAGAAAAGGCUCUAGAGCCACAACAAAAUGAUUCUGAAAACGAAGCUAGCUCAAAGGUAGAGUACAAACCUGGCCGCAGAGGGGCAGAUGUCGUCGCUGACUCCGACUGAGAGGUCCUAGUGUUGAUGAAACAGGAUUUUGAUAUACUGAUUCACUCAAUCCUCAAAAUGGAAAUGAAUGAAAAUAUACAAAACGCCCAGAAAUACCAAACAAAGAUUUUCAAAGAUUGGGAUGUAAAGAGGAUUGAAAUGUUCUUUCGAGAAAUUGGUACGAAGAUAUAUCAAAGUGGAGACAAGAUCUAUAGUAUCGGAGACAACGCAAACUGUGCUUAUAUCUUAAAAUCAGGGACUUGUCAUGAACAGUGAGUCGUGAAUAUCCACGAUAGUAACAGAUUCCCUUCUUCUCGAAAUACCUGGACAGUUCAGAACAAGAAUAGGAAACUUCUCUAUAAAGCCAAGGAGAUCAAGGAGUACGACCUGUUUGGACAUCAUGAGAUGAUUGAUGAGACCCAGAGAACUUACCAAGUUGUUGCUAAAUCUGAGUGCAAAGUCUUCUACAUAAAUAAGGAUAUAUUCUAUCGGUACUUUGAUACCUCUGCGAAACGUAUUGCUCUGAAGAAGAAUUACGGCCAAAUGGCGAUCGAGGAAAUUCAUCAGAGGAUUAGAGAGAAUGAUAAGCUUAAACGAGCCAGAAAGAAAGCUUAUUUGGACGGAAUAGGCAUCAAUCCAGUCUAUCAGAGUCACCGUGCAUAUAACCCAAUGGAAAAACUGCUUCUUAAGCUGAAGCCUUGGCUCAGAGAAGCCAUAAAAUUGAAGAAUAUCGAUAAGAAUAUCUCCAGGUUUGUGGAGUAGGCUGCUUAAACACUAUUGCACUAAAUUUUUAAGGCUCUUUAAAAAAUGAAUCGGCUGAUUGGAAGCUCUUUGAGGAUUUCUGCUAGAGACUCUCUAAAU